AUGCAUGCGUUAAAUUCACGUGUGCGCUCUUAGUAAUUAAUUAUUUAUGUUUUAUUGAGGCGUGGAACUGAGCCGUUUUGUUGGCGUAGAGAGAAGGUCACCGGGGAAAUGACCGUUGUUACGUUGACAUCCGUACGAACGAGUAUUACGUAAAAAUAUCGAUUUCCUGUUUUUGCAAAACAAUGUAUCAAUCAAACCGAAUGUGGGCCUCCGCUUCAUUCGUGGGGGUCCUCAUCAUCAUCGGGAUGCCGCUAUGGUGGAAAACUACGGAAGUUUACAGGGUCUCGCUGCCGUACGAAAAGAUUUCAUCGUUCAAACCUCUAUCGCAUUUCGUCACAACUGAACUGAAAGUCUUAGCCAACGAUGACGCUACAGCAUCUAAGAUCGUCAGCGAGAUACAGAAGGCAUUUGCUGAAUCUGAUAUAAUAAAGAUCAAAAUCGAGAAAACAGUAAUGUCGGAGCGACAACAGCACAUUUUGCGGUCGGUGGUUGAUAUGGAGAAAGCCGUCGAAGAACUAGCUUCUACAUUGGACCUCGACCAAGAAAAUAUAUUCCACGUGGUGCAAAAGAAAUCGUUGUCUCACAAUAUCUGGGUUGGCAACGAAAGAAUAAUGUUCUUCGAUGAUGAGAAAGCAUCAGAAACAAUAGUGAAAGCGUUAGACGGCUGGAUAUAUCAGACUUCAGUACUCCGAGGAGCCAGAUCGGACACUCCUGAUCAAGCCCGAAGCACGAGGUUCCCGCCGGAGUCGGCCUACCACAUCACACUGUCCAUAGUGCAUCCAAGGCCUGACACAAUGCAAGUUGUUUGGAAUGCCGCUGAAGCUGUCGAGGAUUACAUUGGCAGCUUUGUCGACGAGUUAAGCUCCUUGCACAACUUCACGCUGAAGUCGCAGUGGCUUCAUCUACUCGAUUUUGAGUUUCAAGCUAGAGAGAUAAAAGAAGCCAGUGAAUGGGGACGUCACUUCGCGGUGCGUCAGGACCGGCUGUCAUUGUUAUUGACAAGGCUCGAGGAACGGGCCGCGACGCACGUCUCCGAGCUAUCGACGAUCAACCUGGCGCUCUACAUUGUUCCCUGCGAUAAAGCUCCCAUUAUUAUAUACGAUAAUGAAGGUCGCAAAAAUCCUUUGUCGAUACAAGCUUUUAUGUCCCCCAAGUGGGGGGGCGUGGUGAUCGCCAGUCCCCCGGCCGAGCAGUGCUCCCAGCAGGUCCGGGAGUUCGAGCCCAGCGUGGGACAGGUCAUGGGCGCGUUCGUGUCCCACCUCAGGGAACUGCUCGGGAUCACCAAAAAGGACGCAAUCGAAGGAGCACACUUAGAGCCUUUGAGGUCGGUGUCGCCGCGCCGCUGGGAGGUGGACGCGCUACUCCGCAUCAGGACCUUAGAGCAGGUCACAUCCGCUGAAAGAACCCUACAGUCUCUAGCGCAAUUAUUGGAGGAGAUAUCGAACAUAGUGAUAAACGAUGAAGUGGGCGCGUCCAUCGCGGCCGCGGUGUCCGAGCUGGAGGCGGGUGCGGGGGAGGGUGCGGGGGCGGACGCGGCACGGGCGGGGCGGGCGCACGCGCAUGCGCAGCGUGCCUUCACGCACCCCAGUCUACUCGCGCUGCUAUACUUCCCGGACGAUCAGAAAUACGCGAUCUACAUACCGUUGUUUUUACCGAUAAUGUUCCCGGUGGUUUUGUCAUUGAGAAUAUUGUUAUUAUGGUUCAUGGGGAAACCGGUGCACAAAGAAAAAACUGAUUGAAAUUUAUUUUAAAGUAUUACAAAUAAAAUAUUUUAGGUUA